AUGGCACCGCAUGCGGAUCUCCUCCAAAUCAACCCCUCCACUACUACUCUCUCCACAUCUCCUCCCAUCUCCACAAUCUCAAAUCCACCCCGAAUUUUGGUCAUCGGCGCAGGAUCACGAGGUUCCCAAUACUCCCGCUGCGUCACCGAGUCCACACCCGGCAUCGUCUGUGCAGUCGCAGAACCCAUUCCGUACAAACGACAACGACUUGGUUCGCACUACAUCUGGGGUAACAAUACUCCGUCUGAAGGCCAGUCCUUUUCCGAUUGGAAAGAAUUCCUCCAGUAUGAGCUCCAUCGUCGAGCUCGCGCAUCUCGUGGAGAAUCUGUACCGCCGGGUGUCGAUGCCGCGUUUAUAUGUGUUCUGGAUGAAUUACAUAAAGAGGUUAUAGUGGGAUUAAAGCCCUUGGGAUUACAUAUUAUGUGUGAAAAACCUUUGGCUACGACAUUGGCAGAUUGUGUGGAGAUAUACAAGGCCAUGCUACCAGAAUAUCCACGGAAUAAGCAGCCCGAAAAGAUAUUCAGUAUUGGACAUGUACUGAGGUAUAGUCCGCAUAAUAUGAUGUUGAGGAAGCUACUCUUGGAGGAAAGGGUAAUUGGGGAUGUGCUGAGUGUAAAUCAUACUGAGCCGGUGGGUUGGUGGCAUUUCACUCAUGCUUAUGUUCGUGGAAAUUGGCGCAAGGAAUCCACAACUGCCCCUUCCCUCCUCACAAAAUCCUGCCACGAUAUCGAUCUCCUCCUCUGGCUCCUCUGUUCCCCUUCCCCUUCUGAUCCAACCGCUCCCCCUCAUCUCCCCGAGACCAUAACCUCCUCCGGAUCUCUUCAACAGUUCACCCGUACCCGGAAACCCACAUCCGCAGGGACCGCAACCAAUUGUCUCUCCUGUCCCAUCGAACCAGGCUGCAAAUACUCCGCCAAAAACAUAUACAUUUCUCCCAAGUUCAAGGGUUUAAAAGCCCCCAACACCAAUUGGCCCGUCGACAUUCUCGUCCCGGACAUCGAAGAUAUUCGAACCACCUCGGGUCUCUCUGCCGCAGAAUCCGCCAUCCUCUCCGUCCUAUCCGAAGACUACACUCCCGAAACCCCCAUCUCUGAAAUCGAAGCCAAAAAUUGGUUCGGCAGAUGUGUCUACGAAUCCGACAACACAGUCAACGACGACCAAUUCGUCACCCUCACAUUUCCCGCCAAUCCGUCUCUGAAUCGCGGGGCUAAACAGGCUUCAUUCCAUAUGGUAUCUCACACGAAGAAAAUCUGCGCGAGAUAUACACACAUCUAUGGAAGUGAAGGGGAAAUCUAUGCAGAUAGCGAGACGAUCGAAUUCGAAGAUUUCAAUACCGGGGAGAAAAAAGUCUACAAGCCGAAGAUUACGGAUGUCAAGAGUGGUCAUGGGGGCGGUGAUGAAGGGUUGACGAGACAGUUUGUGGGAGCUGUGAAUAGUAUUAUGAAUGAGGGGGCAAAGGUGGAAGAUGCGCAGAGAGAAUGGGUGGGGUGUAGUUUAGAAGAAGUAAUCAGAAGUCACGCGGUAGUCUUCGCAGCCGAAGAAGCGCGAAAUAAUAAACUAGUAAUAGAUUUUGAGAGUUGGUGGAACAGAGAGGUUGUAGGAAAACUUAGCGCUUAG